GGGAGAAGGUUUAGGCAGCGGCAACCGCUGAUUGGCAGCAAAGGGGUUCACUCCCCAUCUCCUGCUCGAUCAAAACCGGCACAGCCAAUCAGAAAGAGGGCUACCUGGGACGACCCAAUCCUGCAGCGGGGCUGAGGGCGGGGCGGAGACAAAUGGCUCAGGUGGACCCGGGCUGGAGCUGGCUUGGGGGAGCUUGUUUGCUGCUGCUGUGGUCCUGGGGGUCGGAUUGACAGGCAAACGCCCUCUCAGACGUCGGGAUCAUCAUGAGCCGUUUCCUGAAUGUGUUACGAAGCUGGCUGGUCAUGGUAUCCAUCAUAGCCAUGGGGAACACGCUCCAGAGCUUCCGAGACCACUCCUUUCUCUAUGAAAAGCUCUACACUGGCAAACCCAACCUUGUGAAUGGCCUCCAAGCCCGGACCUUUGGGAUCUGGACCUUGCUCUCAUCAGUGAUUCGCUGCCUCUGUGCCAUUGACAUCCACAACAAGACGCUCUAUCACAUCACGCUGUGGACCUUCUUCCUCGCCCUGGGUCACUUCCUGUCUGAGUUGCUGGUGUUCGGAACUGCAGCUCCCACAAUCGGUGUCCUGGCGCCCCUGAUGGUAGCAAGUUUCUCAAUCCUGGGCAUGCUGGUCGGGCUCCGGUACCUGGAAGCAGAGCCAGUGUCCAGGCAGAAGAAGAGGAACUGAGGCCGGCACUACCACCUCCAGGACGCUGUCAUCUUCCGCCUCAGCUGUCUUCUUCCUUCAUCCUCUCUUCUCUUUAAUUUCUUCUCUUUUGGCUCCAUCCUCAGCCCUUUUACCACUUUUAUCCUCUACAUUUUUCUGGUUUUGUUUUCCUUUAAAAAAUUUUUAAGAUGUGUCCUGCACACAGAAAAGCACAUCACAUGUCUGGGUAAUUUAAAGAUAAUUUUAAAGUGGAUACUGUCCUUAACACCAUCGAAGUCCAGAAAUCGCCAUACCUCGGAAGCCCACCGAGUCCUUUCCCCACCUGUGACCACCCUGCUCCCCGGGCUCCCUUUUCCAGAAGCCUUCUGCUUGUUUGCCUUUUAUUUCCAUUCCUUGAUUUGAUUCGUGUGCUGGGAACAUGAAACUAUGAAACUCAGAGCUGCUGCCCGCCCUGAGCGGCUGUGAUCAAGGGCUGCUUCUUGACAUCGUCCACACACACUGGGCUCCUUUCUGCUGCUAGACCCAAGACUUGGAACUGUGCUGGGGACAGGCAGUGCUUCCAAAGAGGGCUCCUGUCUUACCCACAGGCAGGGAAGGGUUGGAAGCGUCUGGGCUCUUUUUAGACCUUCUGGUCAGCUGUAUUUGUGUAAUAAAUUUUGUAAUUAGAAGAACAAAA